UGUGCAGACAAUAAGGUGGUUGCGUAACCACAUGAAACAACUUCAGCCUGUAGAGUCGCCUUCUGUGUGCAGUGGUUUUGUCCAUAGCGGGGAUUGGCAUUGAUUCCGAUCCAUGCUGCUAUAAGCAGCGUUAUAAAGGUGAACAAAAUAUAACUACAGGACUCAGCAUUCAGAACUAAGAAACACUUGCAGAAAGCCAUUAAACUCUUCAGUUCAGUCCCUUCCACCAUGUUUGCAUCAAUAAUCCUGCUGUUAAUCUGCGUUGUCUUCAUCAUCGUUCAACUCAAAUCCCGAAGGCCUAAGAACUUUCCACCAGGACCCCCAGUCUGGCCGAUACUGGGGAAUAUUUUGGACCUGAGCCUAGAGAACCCCCUGAAGGACUUUGAGAGGUUGAGGAAGAUCUAUGGAAAUGUCUAUAGUUUAUUUCUCGGUCCCAAGCCAGUAGUAGUCAUUAAUGGGAUGAAGACCAUGAAGGAGGCUUUAGUGACAAAGGGCGUUGAUUUUGCUGGAAGACCCCAAGACCUGUUUGUCAAUGACACCACCCAGAGGAAAGGAGUGAUUCUGGCAGAUUACGGUUCUAGUUGGAAGGAGCAACGUCGUUUUGCUCUGAUGAACUUGAGGAACUUUGGAAUGGGGAAGGACAGCAUGGAGCAGAGGAUUCAUGGAGAGAUACAAUAUACUGUGGACACGCUGGAGAAGAGUGUUGGAAAAUCCUUUAGUCCUCAAAACAUGUUUCACAAUGCGGCCUCCAAUAUCAUCUGCCAGGUUCUAUUCGGAAGACGCUUCGAGUAUGAGGAUAAGAUUAUCAAAACGAUUGUUCAAUGCUUUACUGAGAAUGCCAAGAUGGCCAAUGGGCCUUGGGCUAUGCUUUAUGACUCUUUUCCGUUGAUCAGAAGCCUGCCACUGCCCUUCAGAGAGUCAUUUAAGAAUGUUGAGACAUGUCAGAAAAUUGCAAAAUCUUUGAUGAAUGAGCACAAGCAGACGAGAGUACCUGGAGAGCCGCGAGACUUUGUUGACUGCUAUCUGGAUCGGCUAGAAAAGCCAGGUGAUGAUCGUUCGUCCUUUUCAGAAUCACAGCUGACUAUGUACAUCCUAGAUCUUCACUUUGCUGGGACUGACACUACUUCCAACACCCUCCUUACUGGUUUCCUCUACUUAAUGAACUACCCACAUGUACAAGAGCGUUGUCAGCAGGAGAUAGACACGGUGCUGGAGGGAAAGGAUCAGGCCAGUUUUGAGGACAGAAACAACAUGCCUUAUGUGCAGGCCGUAAUCCAUGAAUUCCAGAGAGUAGCCAACACGGUUCCACUCAGCGUUUUCCACUGUACAACUAAAGACUCAGAGCUCAAUGGAUUCACCAUCCCUAAGGGUACACUAAUCAUCCCUAAUCUUACCUCAGUGCUGAAUGAGGAGGGAGAAUGGAAAUUCCCAAAUGAAUUCAACCCUGAAAACUUCCUCAAUGACCAAGGAGAGUUUGUGAAACCAGAGGCCUUCAUGCCUUUCUCUGCAGGCCCCCGGAUGUGUCUUGGAGAGGGUCUGGCCCGUAUGGAACUCUUUCUAUUUACGGUGACGCUGCUGAGGAAGUUUAAGUUCAUCUGGCCUGAGGAUGCAGGAGAGCCAGACUUCACUCCAGUCUAUGGGGUCACUCUGACUCCCAAACCUUAUCGCAUGAAGGUCCAAUUUAGGGUACCCCAGAAAAUCCCAAAUUAAUGGAUGUUUUAACCAACCAACAACAACAUGUUGAUCUACCUAUGAUGUGGCCAUCACUUACUUAUCAACCUCAAUCACCUUUAACAAUCAAUAAAACAUGUACUUGAUUAAAGUCAUCACUAGUGAAUGCUAUGAGCUUAAAUAUGUUUUGCUGUAGAACUUGUUGCCAACAUUUUGUCUUUCUGAAAAAAAAUCAGUUUUUUUAUUAAUUGAAGCUAUAUACUGAGGAAAUAUACUGUUCUUGUAUAAACAUGAUCUAAUUUUCUAGUCUUUCCCUUCCUUUAGCUGGCUUACAUCCUGCCUGUCCAAAACUGCUAGCUGUUGAAUGUGACCCACCAGAUGUAGACUGUGGCAUCCCUUUCCACUUCUUGCACUUGGGCUUAGCUCUACCCAAGCAAAUUCUUAUUGUUUUAAAUUGAGUUCUUCUAUACCUGAAUGAUAAUGUAAGCAGCUGGACAUUUCUUAACAGCUGGCUCGUUUUUACAGCCUAUAGGACAUUACGCCCCAGGGUGGACCUUGCUCGAUGAAUUAAUAUGUCACUUAUUUGUUGGUUCAUUACCCAAAAUGGGUAGCAUGUCUAGUGGUAAUCAUAAAUCUGUGUCUAUCUCUGC